AUGAUGGAUAUAACACUUUUUCGGCCAGACAAUACUAUGAGCUACAGAAUAACUCGUGAAGAAUACAAAAUAGAAAGAUAUGAAAGAUUGCAACACUUAGGAACCGGUGGUUUUGGUGAAGUAUUUACAGUUAAGGCUAAACACAAUGGAAAGAUACAUGCGAUUAAAAAAUGUCAAUUAAAUAUUUUGACUGCAAAAGAGAAACAAAGUAUUAUGAAUGAAUCGCAUAACUUAAUAAAAUUGCGCUCAGAAUAUGUAAUUAAAUUUUAUUAUUCAUGGAUUCAAAACAACUGUUUAUACAUUCUUAUGGAUUGUUUGGCCGGAAAUUUAUCAGAUGUUAUAAAGGCUAAGAAAAAAUUAUUUGGGAGAAUAAUGACAGAAUUUGAAUAUUAUAUAUCAUUUAAUAUAUUUAAACAAUUGGUCGAAAGCGUGAAGUAUUUGCACAAUAAAAAUGUGAUUCACAGAGACCUCAAACCCGAUAAUGUGUUGAUUGACAACGAAAACAACUACAGAUAUAUAAAGUUAUGUGACUUUGGUUUGUCUAAAUCUGUAGAUGUAUUGAUUUAUCGUUACCGACAAAGUAGUGCUAAACACACCGCAGAUGUCGUUCAAUAUAUGGCACCCGAAGGACAGACCACUGAAUACAACCAUUUAAUAGAUGUCUAUAGUCUGGCACUCAUUGGAGCGAAAAUAUUUGGUUUCGAUUCCGAGGAUAUCAGAGACGGAGUGUUGAAUUUCGACUUUCAUACUAUUAAUAACUUUAUUUUAAGAAGAAAUUUGUCAGAAAUAUACCAAUUAUUACUAUCAAUGAGUGUUAGUAUAGAGUAUAGAAAGAUUGAUUGGAAACUAAGACCCGAAUGUGAAAUAUUGUUGAAGUUGUAAAUUCCUACAAAAAGCAGCUUGACCAAUUUGAUGAUUCAAUCUAUUUAAAUAAGCUUGUAAAAAUAGAAAAUAAUAUAAACAAUAACUUUUAUUAUAUAACCAAAUGCAGACGACAAAAUGAUCACAACAAAACCAAAGAAAUUAUAACAAAUAUUAGAAAAAUUGAUGCAUUAAAACAUAAAUAUUUGCUACAAAUUAAUAACUCUUGGAUUGAAAACAAUGAGAUUUACAUUGAAAUGGAGUUUUGUUCGCAAACUCUAUGGGAUGUCAUAAAUGCAAAACACGUGAUAUUUGGGACACAAACCCAUCACUCGUUGGCAAUCAUUUCAAUUGAUUUCCUUAUUUCACAGCA